UUUAAAAUUUCAUUAAAUUCUUUCAGUGAAUUUAUUAUGUGUGUUAAGUGAAGAAUUUAUUCAUUUUACAAAUCAGCAGUCUUACACAAAACUAUGGUUUUCUCAUAUUAAGAAAGAUAUGUACUGUUUUCUUUUCGUAAUAUCAACAUGAACUAGAGAUUAAUGGAAUUAUUUCUAUCUGCCAAGAAUCUUUUCUAAAUUGAAUAAUUACUUUUAAACAUGGAUUUACGAAUUACUAUCGAUAUAAAUCUGGGAUUCUUUAUUACAGUUUUGUGCAUUUUUACUGCAAACGUUUCGUCGAAUUUCGAAAGAGCAGUAAACAAAUUUGUGAAAGCAGACUAUUCAAACAGAAGUCUGAAAGAGGUUCCAAAAAAUCUGCAUGUAGACAUUAACGAACUUAUUCUUGACCAAAACGACAUACAAGUAAUCGAAAACGGCACCUUCAAGAAUUUGAGUGUAUUGUUUAAACUAACAAUUAAUAACAACAAAUUAAAUAUUCUACAAAUGAAUGCGUUCGAUGGAUUGUUCUCAUUACAUGUUUUAGAAAUGGCUGGUAAUAAUAUAAUGUUGUCAAUGUUUACCCCCAAACUAUUCAGCUUUAUAGCGAAUUUAACCGUGCUCGACGUCAGUAGAAAUAUGAAUUUAUCUGAUCAUGGAGUCUGGACAAUUUAUCCAGAUGUAGCAUUCGCAGAACUAAGAAAGUUGGAAAAUUUUUCGAUUGAUCUUGCACCAUUCCCAAUUUUUGGAAAAGGAUUUAUGGAAAUGGGAAAACUCCGCAAAUUGGAAUUUAACCAUUGCCAGGUACGAGUAAUGAAUAACACCAUGUUGAAAAAUUUCAACUCUGGUGUUAUAUGUUUGUACUUGAGCAAAUGUCGACAUUUUGUAAAAGUAGAAACUGGUUUACUGGAACCUUUCCCAAAUCUAAAAGUGUUAGAUAUAUCAGAGACAUACAUGCAUCCAAUCCAAGCUUUCCAGCUUCUAAAACCUCUAGCAAAUCGUACAAUGGAAAUGAUCAACUUUCAUCACGUGAAUGAUGAAUCAAUUAUAAAUGACAGAACUUACAGGUAUGAAGUAAAUGUAACAGCAGAAAUGAUGAAAUACUUGAAAACAAUUUGUGUACAUGUUCUCGAUGUUUCUAAUAAUAAUAUUAUAGACUUUGAAAAUGGAUCACUUUUAACAAUGGACAGACCCGAAUGUCUUCGUGAUAUUUCAUUGUCUAAAAAUAGAUUCUCAUUGUUUAACGGACAUCAACUUUACAAUAUAAAACAGUUUUUUGCGAGAACUAGAAAUCUUUCGAGGUUUGAUUAUUCAUUUAUACCUUUAGGUUUCAUUAAUUACUCGCACCAUUUAAAUUACAAUAUCAGUAGUUUUCCACCUGAAAGAGUCAUAACAUUACCCUCUUCCAUACAAGUCGUACAAAUGAGUCAUAUUUUCCAUACCGGUGAGCCAGUAUUAUGGGAAAUACCGGAAAAUACAAAUAUAAGUCGUUUCGAUGUAUCUUUUUGUCAAACUGUUGAUCAGGCAAAGUUAUUGAACGGUUCGGAAAUAAAUUAUUUGGAUGUAACAGGAAUUGAUUCGCGAGUAGUGUUCAACACAUUGCAUUUGCAUCCAUUGUCAAAACUCACAACACUGAUAAUGGAGCACACAAAUCUAUACAUCACCAACAAAAUGGAGGAGAAUGUUUUUACAUACGUUUUAGGAAUAGAAAAACUUGACAUUUCAAAUAACUUUUUGUGGGAACUGCGUCAAAAUGUCUUUGAUAAUAUGACAAAAUUAACGUAUUUAAAUUUAUCAAAUAAUCUUUUCCGAACAAUUCCAUUUGCAGUCACAAAAUUAACAAAUCUCAAGGAACUGGACAUGACAAACAACCUUCUUACCAAUAUAAAUAUCACCUUUCAAGAUUUUUUAAAAGGUAAGGGACAAGAUUUCAAGUUAUAUUUGGACAAUAAUGCGUUCGUUUGUGACUGUACAAACUCGGACUUCAUUAUUUGGCUUAAUGAUAAACCCGUUACGUUUGAUGCUAAUGGAACAUACAAAUGUAUCCUUCAAAAUUCUAAUGAAAGUAAUACACAUCAUGCUGCUUUAUAUUUCAAUUAUUUGUAUGCAGGAUGUAACAGCAAAUUAUGGCUUAAAGCAGUAAUCGGAUUGUUUGUGACAUUUAUUGGGAUUUUCUUUCCUUUCACACUUAUAUACAGUUUUAGAUGGAGAAUUUCAUUUUAUUUAUACAAACGUUUCAGAAAUAACCUAGAAAAGGGUAUUGCUGUAAAUUUCAAGUAUGAUGUUUUUGUGUUCUAUCCUGAAAAUGACCUUCCAUGGAUAAAAUACGUACUGAUGCCAAAAUUAGAAAGAAAAUGGGGGCUUCAAAUGUGUAUACAACACAGAGAUUUUACUGUAGGAAAACCUAUAGCUGAUGUUAUUGCAGAUAAUAUCGAACAGAGCAGACAUAUUAUAUUUCUUGUAACUUCUUCAUUUAAACAUGAUACGUGGGGAGAAUACGCAAUCGAAAGGGCAAAAUAUCAUCACUUUUCACAAAAUUUACAGAAAAUAAUAGUUAUAAUAAAAGAUUUAGAGACGGAAGAAAUUCCACACGAAUUAGCUGUGUUGUGGAAAGACAUAGCUCUUAUUGAAUGGCCAAUGAACGAAAAAGAUCUUGAAAAUACAUGGAAUAAACUCAAGCUGUGGUUGUUCCUAAAUCAGCCUAACUGAAAUAUCAGGGAUUUAUUCUAACGCUAAUUACAUUCAUGAAAAACCAAUAUGAAGUGUCCACUUUCUGGAGAAAUGAAACACAUUGUUCAUUUUACUUCUUAUAUAAUCUGUUUGAAUGUUAUUGUUUACUGAUCUUUUUUUUUUAAUUUAAUAACUGGAUAUUUGCAACCUCAAAAUGAAAGCUAUAAUACAAAUAUUUCUGACAAUUCAGAAAGUGUAUAUCUAUGGUUGCCGAUUGUACAGAAAAAGACUGAUUUAAACGUUCAUGUAUCGCAUUUGUCAUUACAACGUGUUUACUUUACUCAAUCAAUCAUAUUGUCAUGACAAUGUGUUUACUUUACUCAAUCAUUCGUUUUGUCAUGACAAUGUGUUUACUUAACUCAAUCAUUCAUUUUUGCAUGACAAUGUGUUUACUUAACUCAGUCAUUCAUAUUGCCAUGUCAAUGUGUUUACUUUACUCAAUCAUUCACAUUGUCAUACAAUAUGUAAACUUUACUCAUGACAAUGUGUUCACUUUACUCUAUCAUUCACAUUGCCAUACAAUAUCUUUACUUUACUCAUGAUAAUGUGUUUACUUUACUCAAUCAUUCAUAUUGUCAUGACAAAGUGUUUACUUUACUCAAUCUUUCAUAUUAUCAUGACAAUGGGUUUACUUUACUCAAUCAUUUAUAUUGUCGUGCCAAUGUGUUUACUUUACUCAAUCAUGCAUGUUGCCAUGACAAUGUGUUUACUUAACUCAAUAAUUCAUAUUGUCAUGACAUUUUUUUACCUUUAAAGUUACUCAAUCAUUCAUAUUGUCCUUAAUAUUCAUUAUAUAUUUGUCACUGGACAUUUAGUAAGGAAUUAGAAAAUAAAUUUUUCGUAAAAGUU